CGUCCUGCUGCAGUGCCGCUGCCUGCGCUGCCCGAGCUCGUCAAUGGAGCUGGAAAACAUCGUUGCCAACACCGUUUUGCUGAAAGCCAGGGAAGGGGGUGGAGGGAAACGCAAAGGCAAAAGCAAAAAGUGGAAGGAAAUCCUGAAAUUCCCUCACAUUAGCCAGUGUGAAGAUCUCCGAAGAACAAUAGAGAGAGAUUACUGGAGCAUAUGUGAAAAGCAGCCCAUUGGAAGGCUCCUCUUUCGGCAGUUCUGUGAGACUCGGCCCGAGCUCGAGUGCUGCAUUAGGUUCCUUGACUCGGUGGCAGAAUAUGAAAUUGCUCCAGAUGAAAAGCUGGGAGAGAAAGGAAAGGAAAUCAUGAUGAAAUACCUCACCCCAGAGUCUCCAGCCUAUGUGCCCGAAGUCAGUCAAGAACUUAUCCAGCAGACAGAGGAGAAACUGGAAAACAGCCCCUGCAAGGAGCUGUUCUCUCCCUGUACAAAAUCUGUCCUUGACCACCUCAGUGGGGAACCAUUCCAAGAGUACCUAAACAGCAUGUACUUCGACAGGUUCCUCCAGUGGAAGUGGUUGGAAAGGCAACCAGUAACAAAAAACACGUUUAGGCAGUACAGGGUACUGGGGAAAGGCGGCUUUGGGGAGGUCUGCGCCUGCCAAGUGCGAGCCACGGGGAAGAUGUACGCCUGCAAGAGGUUAGAGAAGAAGAGGAUCAAGAAGAGGAAAGGAGAAUCCAUGGCACUCAAUGAGAAGCAGAUUUUAGAGAAAGUCAAUAGUCAGUUUGUAGUCAAUUUAGCCUAUGCCUAUGAAACAAAGGACGCACUGUGUUUAGUUCUGACCAUAAUGAAUGGAGGUGACCUGAAGUUUCAUAUCUACAACAUGGGAAACCCAGGCUUCGAGGAGGAAAGAGCUUUGUUUUAUGCAGCAGAGAUUCUCUGUGGCUUGGAAGACCUUCACAGAGAAAAUACUGUGUACAGAGAUCUGAAGCCAGAAAAUAUCCUGCUGGAUGAUUAUGGCCAUAUUAGAAUAUCUGAUUUGGGUCUAGCUGUUAAAAUCCCCGAGGGUGAAUCAAUCCGUGGAAGAGUAGGAACAGUAGGGUAUAUGGCUCCAGAGGUGCUGAACAACCAGAGAUACACACUCAGCCCUGACUACUGGGGGUUAGGCUGUCUCAUUUAUGAAAUGAUUGCUGGGCAAUCGCCGUUCCGUGGAAGGAAAGAGAAGGUGAAGAGGGAAGAAGUGGACAGAAGAGUGCUGGAGACAGAGGAGGUGUACUCCCAUAAGUUCUCUGAGGAGGCCAAGUCCAUCUGUAAAAUGCUCCUCACCAAAGACGUGAAGCAGCGGCUGGGAUGUCAGGGGGAAGGGGCAGCAGAGGUGAAGAGACACCCCUUUUUCAAGAGCAUGAAUUUCAAGCGGUUAGAAGCAGGAAUGCUGGACCCUCCCUUCGUGCCCGAUCCCAGAGCAGUGUACUGCAAGGAUGUGUUAGACAUUGAGCAGUUCUCCACAGUGAAAGGAGUUAACCUGGACCAAACAGAUGACGAUUUCUAUUCCAAGUUUUCCACAGGAUCAGUGUCUAUUCCAUGGCAAAAUGAGAUGAUAGAAACAGAGUGCUUCAAGGAGCUGAAUGUGUUUGGACCAAAUGGUACUAUUUCACCAGACCUAAACAAAAGCUACCCCCCAGAGCCACCCAAGAAAGGAUUGCUGCAGAGAAUAUUUAAGAGACAGCAUCAGAACAAUUCAAAGAGUUCUCCAAAUUCAAAGGCCAGUUUAAAUCAUCACAUAAAUUCAAAUCACGUAAGUUCAAACUCCACUGGAAGCAGCUAGUUCCAGCUCAGCCCCAUGAAACAACAUGUUGCAUCCUUCCACUAUAAUCUCUGGAGCUUCUGUGGAUGAGAGAGCCUCCACCGUUGAGUGAAAAGAAAGAAAAUCUGGAUCUCCCAAAAUGGAGAUUUUCCAUCCAUUCCUUCCAGUGGAGCCUCACAUUUUAAGAAGAAAUUUCCACUCAGGUCUGUUUUUGGAGGUGGCACUCAAGACUGUGUGAAUCAAAUUUGUCUCUUUAGAACAUUGCAAUAGAAAUUCAAUGAACAUGACUACUUGCACGUAUUUAAAUAGCAUCAUACUAGAACUGAAUUUUGUCUUUAUUAUUUUUAAAGAAAAGUUUUGUAAA